AUGGCGUCUCUUCCGCCUCAGCGCCCCGCGUCGCAACAUAGACCCGCACCUCCUGCCGAAUCAUCGUCCUCACAGCAAGAGCAAACAGAACGGACGAACAGCUUCUCCGGCCAGUCGGUAGAUUCGCAGACGUUGCUACUCAAUACGCCAUCUACACAGUCAGCCUCUUCUACGCCGCACGAACAGACCGAGGUACCCACACAGACCACCGCGCCACAAUUAGAAGAAGACGACGAACCGCGAAGAUGCUGGAUCUGCUUCAACGACGAGACGGAAGACGACGAAACGACAUCGGAGUGGAGGUCGCCUUGCGCCUGCUCACUAGUGGCGCACGAGAGGUGUUUGCUAGACUGGAUAGCGGAUAUGGAGGCGCCCAGCUCACGGCGACGGGCUGGUAAAGCAGCAGGCCAGAUAUUAUGUCCCCAGUGCAAGAGCGAGAUCAGGAUAGAGCGACCGAGGAGCUAUGUGGUGGACAUGGUUCGGGGCGUCGAGAAGCUUACGGGUAACCUCUUGCUUCCGGGCUUCGCACUCGUCACCGGCACAGCGCUCUACUCGACACUGACGCUAUCCGGGACGGCGACGAUAUACCAGAUUUUUGGCACCCAGGAUGCGCUACAAAUUCUCGGCCCGCUCUACGAGACCCCGAGUCGGUCGGUGAACUCGGUCACAUUGCAGUGGCUGGAACAUCUGAGGCAGCACUGGAGGUUGGACCUGGGACUGCCGUUGAUUCCGACAGUUUUGGUCGCAAGCCGAACGUCAUUCGCCGACUCCUUCCUACCCUUCCUCCCGCUCAUCUUCUUCGUCAGCUCCGGACAACCAGGCGAUGACAUGCUACAGCUGCAGUGGCCACCGAGCGCCGCUUUCACCUUUGCCGCCCUACCAUAUCUUCGAGGAUUCUACAACGCAUACUACGAGCGUGUGUGGUUACCACGAGAGCAGCAGUGGCUGAAGGAGAUCCAGCCCCGAGCUGGCGAGGACAUAAUCGCAGAUACUCAGGUACAACAUGAUCACGACCAUGACCAUGACCAUGUCGGCGACGAGGAUGUGAUAGAAGAAGUAGAGAUAGAGCUCGACUUCGACAUCUUCGCAGACUGGAACAACAAUGGCGACGCGGACAACAACGACGAUGACGACGAUGACGACGACGCGCACGAACAUCCCCCCGUACCCGUCGCGCGAGGCCUAGCAGGACCCAUCGACGCGCCACCGCAAGACGAUCAGGACGACGCCGAGAUGCCUGAUCUCGUCGAUGUCGAACCUCAGCAACACGCAGCACCUCCACCCAACAUCCCCAUGCAGCCCGCCGCACCCCGACCCCGACGUGUUCGACGCGAACGCGGCGUAACUUUCUCCACAACCUCCCUCGCCGACACGAUCCUCGGCGCCCUCAUCUUCCCCACCAUCGCCGCCGCCAUGGGCGAGAUUCUCAGACUCAGCUUACCCAGCUCCUGGGUUACACCUCCUACCGGCGCACCCGCGACAUCUUGGCUCGGCGGCUGGAUCAAUACUGGCGGCAAGGCCGGUGGUGUGGGUAAACCAACUGGGUUUCUGCAGACGCGCUGGGGCAGGAGUGUGGUGGGUGGAUGUAUGUUUGUUGGGCUGAAGGACAUGAUUAUGCUGUAUGUCCGGUGGAAGACGGCGCAGAACCAUCGGAAGAGGGGCAUUGUGGAUCAUGAUAGGAAGAAGCCGAGGGGUGGUGCUAGGGCGUCGGUUUGA